AUGCCUCAUUCAUCCGGCCUUCUUCACGCCCACCCUGCCCUGGCACUCUGUGUAGGCCUGGUAGGUUUAACGACUCUUUGUCAUUCUCAUUCAGAUCGUAGUUAUCCUUUCCUCACUCCCUCCUUGGUUGCCUCGGACGGUGAUUCACAGUACGGUCAGUUUCCAUCGGAGGAUGACCCAUUUCACUUCAUCCCAUGCACAAACACCAGUCUCCCGCCACCGUUGGAAGACCCGACCCCUCUAGACACCUGGACUUCAUUGUUCGAUCCGGAUCCUGCGCAUUGGAACUGGGGUGAGCCCAACGGGGAGAACGAAGGUCUGUUCUCUGCCCUUGGGAUUUACCUCUGUGGCUACCUGGACCUGCCGCUUGACUAUCGUAAUCACUCGGACACGAGAAUCGUCCGGAUCGCUGUAACAAAGUACCAGGUCUCCGGCCUCUCCCUCCUGGACUCCGCCAAUUCAUCUUCUCAUGCUGGCCGCAAGAGCGCUCGCACGAUCAUCAUCGAGCCCGGGGGCCCGGGCGGGAGUGGGACGAGCUACGUGUGGAGCGCGGCUGAAGAGACGACCAAGCGGUUCAGUGACGGGCAGUUUGAUGUGCUGGGAUGGGACCCUCGCGGUGUAAACAUCUCGCUUCCAAGCGUGUCCUGCUAUCCAAACAAUGCGGACCGGGAUCGGUGGGCGCUUGUCACAAAUCAGCAUCGCCAGGUAUCAGAUCCGGAGCGGCAGCUUCAGAUCAUGGAUGCGAUGAACGACGCAAAGUUCAACAGCUGUCGACAGCGCCUGGGCGACUUUGGCCGCUUCCUCAGUACAGCGUCUGUCGCGCGGGAUCUCGAGGAGAUCCGCAAAGCCCUGGGCGAGGACGAGGUGACGGGGUACUUUGUGAGCUACGGGACUGGCAUCGCGCAGACCUUUGCCAACAUGUUCCCGCACAGCGUUGGAAGGAUGAUCCUCGAUGGCGUGGAAUAUGUCAAGGAUCACCGGCUGCUGGGCGGGUAUGCGUGGACCUCGCUAGACAACAGCACCGACAUCUGGCGAGAUGGGUUUCUCGGUGAAUGUAUCAACGCUGGACCUGAAGCGUGCGCCUUAGCCCGGUACACCAAAACCAACGCAUCAGUCACCCUCCCACAGCUAGAGGCUAGGAUAAAUGAUCUCCUGCAAUCACUCAAGAGCCGACCAAUCCCUGCAUAUACCGAACAAAGCGGCCCCUCGCUUGCCACUUACUCACAGCUGGUGGAAGGCAUCUACACAAUCCUCUAUGAUCCCAACCAAUGGCCAGCUGCGGCAGAAGUGCUCUACGACCUGGAACAAGGAAACAGCACCCUAGCAGCAAUCCGCCUCAAUGAGCUCUGGAACUAUGAUCCCUCGGCGUCGCCCUCCAGACAUCACCCCUCGACGGUAGAGCUUGGCCUUGCCGUCAUUUGCUCCGAUUCAUACGAUGCACCUCCGCCGGAGGACGGACUGGAGUGGUGGUCCCGUCUCUGGGAAUCAAUGACCGACCAGAGCUGGAUCGCCGGCAAUUCUCGCUUUUUCGAUGUAUUCCAAUGCCAACACUACAGCAAGUACUGGUCCAAGCCUGCAGAAAUGUACCGAGGCGACUUGGAUCAUAAUCUCAAGAACCCCAUGUUGUUGAUCAGCACAACGUAUGAUCCGGCCACGCCACUGCGGAAUGCAAGGAGGUUGGCAGAGGAGAUGGGCGACAAUGCAAGGCUUAUUGUGCAUCACGGCUAUGGACACACCUCCAGAUGGGACCGAUCACAGUGCACGGACGAGAUUGGGCGGGCGUACAUGCUGCAUGGGACGCUCCCAGAAGAAAUGGAGGUGGAGUGCCACGCUGAUAAGAAGCCCUACCUCUAUUGA